GGUGGAUACACCCUCACCUACGCUAGAGAUGGCCCAAGCUACCGACUCUUCAGUCGUCCCGCAAGCACAUUCAGACCCAUCGACCCUCUGUUCGAUGAAUGUGGUUGAAUCCUUAGAGGAGCUGGAGGAUGAGUGGUCUAGAUCAGACCCACUAGCUUCUUGGACGGCGUUAGUCAAAGCCCCUAGGAGUGAAAUGUUUGUCAGCGAGGUAGUCAUAGGAGGCCACAAGGCCGGGGCCUAUUACGACACUUGCUCGACUAGGAACUUUAUUAGCCGCGCGUGCGUUGAGAGGCUGCGCUUACAGGGGCAAGUGCAGCGCCUGAGUCGACCUGUGGAGUCGACCUGCGCCAACAAACAGCGCAUGGUAGUCCAUGACUACCUAAAAGACAUAGAGUGUCUUUUCCCGUACGCGGGAGGGGAAYUGAGGCAUCAUGUCUCAUUCCUGGUUAGCGACGARCUCCCCAUGGACAUGCUAUUGGGUAUGUACUACCUCUCCGUGGCACAACCCCAGUUUGACUGGGACCGAAAGGUGGUCAAACACACUUUGCCAAAUGGGGGAACCGCCAGAUUACACAAGUUUAAGGCUAGUAGUCUGAUCGAUUCCCACGGAUGCUUGUGUGCGGCCGCGUUCUACAAUUAUUAUAAGCAAAAUCAGGAGGAGGGUAUGUAUCUAGUUUACGUCUCUGCUGCAGGCGAGCCGGUAAAAAUGCCGCCAGAGAUAGAGGGAGUAGUUGCCAAGUACCCUGAUUUAUUUGAGGAACCUACAGGGGUUGUUGAGAGGGAGGUCGUCCACGCGAUAGAGAUUAUCCCAGGGUCUAGUAUUCCGAAAGGUAGGAUCUAUCGGAUGUCUCCGGGCGAGUUUGAUGAGCUUCGCCGCCAACUCAAGGAACUCAUAGAGAAGGGUUGGAUCCGGCCGAGUGUCUCUCCUUACCGAUCUCCAGUACUAUUCGUACCUAAGAAGAAGGAGGGCACUCUCAAGAUGUGCAUUGACUAUAGGGGCCUCAAUGCCAUCACKGUGAAGAGCAGAGAGCCCCUACCGCGCAUCGAUGAUCUGUUAGAUAGAGUGCAAGGGUGUCGGUACUUCAGUAAAAUAGAUCUGAAGUCCGGGUACCAUCAGAUUGCAAUACGGCCCGAGGAUCAACACAAAACCGCAUUUCAGACCAGGUACGGUCUGUAUGAGUUUGUGGUGAUGCCUUUUGGCCUUUGCAAUGCUCCUGGCACCUUUCAGCACGCUAUGAAUCGGAUAUUCCAUGACUACUUGGAUAAGUUUAUCGUCGUGUACCUCGAUGACAUACUUAUUUUUAGUAAGAUUGUUGAGGAGCACGUUGCACACUUGGACAAAGUUCUCAGUCUCCUGCGACAGCACAAGUUCAAGAUCAACGGUGAGAAGUGCGAGUUUGGUCGCACCCGUAUCUUGUAUUUGGGUCAUGAGAUCUCCGCGGAAGGGUUGAAGCCCGAUGACGCGAAGGUGGCCAGCAUUCGUGAUUGGCCACGACCUCAGUCUGUGACUGAGAUGAGAUCUUUCUUAGGAAUGACAGGUUACUAUAGGACUUUCGUUAAGAACUAUAGCAUAGUGACCGCUCCUUUGACUGAUCUGACUCGCCUUGACACCCCGUGGGAGUGGACAAAUAAGUGCGAGGCUGCUUUCAGACAUCUGAAGCAUGCUUUGACGCACUACGAGGUCUUGAAGCUUCCUGAUCCUGACAAGCCAUUCAUAGUCACCACGGACGCUAGCCAAUACGGCAUUGGCGCCGUGCUUGCACAACAGGAGGGGACUGAUCAUCAGACUCUUAGAUGGAUGAGAACUCAGCCUGUACUCUCUGACGCCCUCAAGCGUUGGAUUGAAGUCAUUGAGCAAUAUGACUUUGACCCCCAGUAUCUGAAGGGGGAGUACAACAAGGAUGUUGAUGCCUUGUCGCUUCGAUCGGAUUUCUCAGGUGCGCUGAUUACUGAGUACGAUCUUACGGAUGAUGUCACUCGAUCCUUGGUGGAAGCCUAUCGAGAAGACCAAUUUAUGUCUGAGAUCAUACGCAGACUCAAGGCGAAGGAUAAACAAACUUCAGCCGAGUUUGAGUUGGUCAAUGGCUUGCUGUUCCUCGAGAAGGAAGGGAAUAAACGUUUGUGUGUCCCCGAUAAAGAGUCUUUGCGUAGUUUAUUUUUAGGCGAGUGUCAUGACGCCACCGACCAUUUUGGGUACAAGAAGACCGCAGCCAAUUUGCUGCAAAGGUUCUGGUGGCCCACGAUGUUAAAAGAUGCUAAGUUGUACGUGGAAACUUGUCAAGUUUGCCAACGAGACAAGCCCCGUACUCAGACUCCUCUUGGGCUGCUCAAGCCCCUUCCGAUUCCGGAAAGGCCGGGUGAAAGCUUAUUCAUGGACUUCAUGGAUACCCUGGUCACCAGCAAGAGUGGGAUGAGACAGAUCUUUGUCAUCGUGGAUAGGUUUAGUAAGUUUGCUAGGUUAGUAGCAAUGCCUGAGACAGCAAAGACUGAGUACGUGAUUAAGUUGUUCAAAGAGAACUGGGUGAGAGAUUUUGGAUUGCCUAAGUCUAUUGUAAGUGACAGGGAUGUCAGGUUUACAAGUGAGUUAUGGAAGGCCGCUGCAGCUGAACAGGGAACUCAACUGCAAAUGACUUCUGGAAACCAUCUAGAAGCAAACGGCCAGGCGGAGCAGAUGAACCGCGCUGUUCAACACCUGUUGAGGCAUUAUAUUAAGCCCAAUCAGGUGAACUGGGACGAGAAGCUUGCUCUUGUCGCCAGUCUGUACAAUAACGCUGUACACAGCGCUACCGGGCUCGCUGCGUUCGAGGAAACUGAUCAGUUUCCCUCUCAUCGGUCAAUGCUGCCCCCAACCAUGGACGGAGAAGUCAACAUUGAUGAUAUCGUCGACUACAGGGAGAUGCCUGUUCAGAAGCCUCCGGGAAGGGGACGUCCUCCAAAGCCAAAGCUGCAGUUCCGUGGACACUUCAGACAUCAUACUGAUCCGAAGGAGGACCGCUGGUUUACUCGGGAGGAAUCAAUGCAGACCGCUCCUCAAAUCGUUGCCCGCUACGAGAGAGAUGUAUUGAAAGGCAAGCGCCAGAUGGCUGCAGAUUAAUCUUCUCAGAGGACUAACGAAGAUAUGGAGGAGGGAAUGCGAGGCUACGCCCGCUCAGCCCCCUAC